AUGGUCACCGGUUCGACCGUGGACGACAGCGACGACGGAAGCUGCUAUUACACCGCAUCUUUAGGCGAACAGAGCCAAGAGAUGUCACGCACCGGCUCUGGACAUGUCGAAACCCCUUCCGGCGAUCUGCCCCGCCUCGAUGAUCCGUUUGACGGCGGCCUGGUCGACGACCACGAAGAUCAUCUCCUUGAGCUCGACACGAGCUUCGUACGGUCGACUUCUCGUGAUCCUUCAUCGGCGCCGAUCGAUGUGGCGCCGAGAAACACGCAAACGGCACGUCCUCCUGCGCGCGCUUUCAGGAUCGAGAUGCCUCCCGUGCCGGCCUACCCAAUCCGAGACGCGCAACGCGAAGCGGUAGGUGCUGACAAAUUCGAGAUCUGGGGAACGGACGUUGGGCGCGACCGCUUCCUCCGCGAUCAGCAGAUCCUCCUGGCGUCCUGGGGAGUGACUCCAUCGCAAAGCAGCGCGUGCGUCCUCGUCCCUGGCAUGUGGUCACACGCCGACCCCGAACGUCUCCUCGAACGCUUCGACAUGCACACGUUGCCUCCGAACAGCGUUUCUCGCUUGUGGCUUUCACGCGCGGCCGCCUGGUUUGCGGAGCCUCGACGCGGCGUAGACAUCGACAACUUCUUUGGGGAUGGCCCAUUCAUGCCGAUGCAGGGGUCACACCGUUGCCACCACCCACAUUACGUCAACCCCACCCAUGCCGUUUACGACCCUGCCCACACCAACAGCGAGCGGGAGUACUACCGAAACGCCGCUAGAGAGUUUCGACGGUAUGGAUUCGACGCUCCUCCGUUCUGCGACAGGCACGAUCGGCCGUGUCUGAUGCGGCAAGCAGCGCUCACCACGACGGAAGCGUACAUUAUUCAGUUCGUCAAUCUUUGUGAGGCGAAAGGGAAACCGCUACCUUUCGAUGUCCCGGGAAAACCACCGAAACAUGAAUUCCCGACAUUUGAAACCAAGCUCCCCGUGUCCUUUAGCUCUUCGUCUGCUGCAAUAGCAUCUCAGGACUUGGUCCACGGUGCCGCGUUCAGACUGGGAUUCGUUCAUGGCGAGCCAACAUUAGGUGACGGAAUUAGUAUGACUACAAAGCAUGCCGUUCAAUUUGUACCAGACCUACCAUUGAUCAUAGUUAACGCUUCUCUAUUCACUACUAUGAUGGAUUAA